UUGCGAAAUUACGUGAGCGCAAGGCAGAGGCGUAGAGCUUUCAGCGAAUCUGGAGACCGGGAGGGGGAGUCUCUGACGAGGCCGGGCCCACAUCUCCAGGCUCCAAAUCUCUCUCGCCGCCGCCGGCGAUGCCCGUGGCGAUCCCGUCCUCCUCCUCCGCCGCCGCCGCCGCCUCUGUCGCCCGUAUCCGGCGGCCGGUCCACCGCCUCUCUUAUGUCCCGGUCUCUCCCUCUGCUACUACUCCAUUCCGCGCUCUGUUCCAAGCCCGCGCCGUCUAGGCUCCUCUCUUCCUCUUCCUCGGCCGCCGCCGCCGCCGCCACCGCGGCCUCUUCUGGUGCACGAAGCUUCGGGGCGCAUGGAGUCGUCUCCGCGGUGCUGGAGAUCGUGGGCCCCAUCCAGCUCCUCUUCCCGUCCUCCGAGGCGCGGCUCUACGUGCGCCUCCUCCGGCGCUGCGCGCGCGACGCGCUCGCCGCUGGCGCGGCCGCCGUCCACGGGCACGUCGUUAAGCGCGGCUUCGAGUCCGUGUCGCUCGUGUCCAACGUCCUGAUUGAUACUUAUGCGAAAGGAGGCCUCAUGGCUGCCUGUCGCCACCUGUUCGACGAAAUGCCUAACAAGGACGUCGUGACAUGGUGUACCGUCAUUGCCGCGCACGCAAGCCGCGGGCGCUGCUUCGAAGCUGUUGCGCUGUUCAAGGAGCUCUUGUCCUCUGAGGUGAAGCCAAAUCGGUUUAUCAUCUCAUCAGUGCUGAGUGCCUGUGCCCGGUGUGGUGUCGUAGAGCAGGGGCUCAUGGUGCAUGGAUUGGUGGUCAAGUCUGGAUUGGGUGAUGAUAGAUUUGUGGAGGUUGGAUUCGUCGAUAUGUACGCGAAAUGUGGCAAUGUUGGCUAUUCGUUCCGGAUGUUCAGUGGAAUUCCAGUGAAGAAUUCAGUUGCUUGGAAUGCAAUGAUUUCAGGUUUUGUUGAGAAUAACUGUUUCAUGGAGGCUGUGGAGCUUUGUCAGGAUAUGCAUCGAGUUGGCAUGGCAAUGGAUUUGGUGACAUUGAGGGUAGUUUCUGGCAUCACUGCUAUUCUGGGAGCAUUUGAGCUUUCUAGAAACAUUCAUGUUUAUGCACUCAAAGCAGGGUUGGGAAGAGACAGUUUUAUUGUGUCUGAACUGAUCAAAUCAGCUGGGAAGGCAGGUGAGACUCAAUACAUCAAGAAGCUUGUUUCCACAGUUAGAAGGCAUGAUACGUCUUUGUAUACUUUGGCAAUCUCAGGUUAUCACUCAAAUGGUUGUCAGGGUGAAGCUGUGAAACUUGCAGAGGUUCUUCUUUCUUCAGGUCUCAAUUUAAGGGAAGGAGAUUUGGUUACUGUGCUAAAUAUUUGUCAAACCAAAAAGGAAGUUCAACAGAUACAUGCUUACACUUUCAGAGCUGGAAAUUUAUGUUAUACUAAUGUUUGCAAUUCUCUUAUAUCGAUUUACUCUGAAAUGGGGUCACUGAUUCAUGCGGAGUCAAUCUUUAAAACUAUGCAAUCACGAGAUCUCAUAUCAUGGACUGCAGUUAUGGCAGGCUGUGUCAAGAACCUACAAUAUGAAAGAGCGUUUGGUUAUUUUUUAGAGUUAAGAAACUCUGGAGAAUCAUUAGAUCAGCACUGUGUUGCUAAUAUCAUAAAUGCCUGUACAGGACUUAAAGACAUGCACAAGGGAAAGCAGAUCCACCUGUUAGCUCUUAAACUUGGGCUACUUCUUUUUGAUUUCAUCAGUGCAUCCCUAGUAAACAUGUAUGCAAAAUGCCAUCACAUUGAGGAGGCUGCUCUGAUAUUCUCUAACACAUUAUUUCCACGAAAUCUAGUCAUAGUCAAUGCCAUGAUCUCUGGGUAUUGCUGGAAUUUCCUUCCACAGAAAGCUCUUCUACUCUUCUGCAGAGAGUAUCAUUCUGGUCUGCGUGCAGACCAUUUCACCUUCUCAACUGUUCUGGGAGCAUGUGCUGAUAUAGGAGCAAAGGAGGCUGGUGAGCAAAUCCAUGGCCAUCUUGUGAAGAUUGGUUCUGAAUACUUGGAUGUUGUCGUUGGAAACACUAUCAUAAACCUUUAUGUCAAGUGUGGGUGCAUUGCUAGUGCUUGUAGGUUUUUCCAUAGCAUGAGGAGUUGGAACAUUAAUUCAUAUUCAAUGUUGAUGUUGGGCUAUAUUCAAAAUAGAUGCAGUGAUGAAGCUCUUCAACUUUUCUCCAAGAUGCAAUAUAGUGGAUUGCGUGCAAACCGUGUUACCUUUGCAAGAAUCCUGAGGGGUUGUGCUGAUCUGCGUUCUAUUCGUUUGGGAAGGCAGCUGCAUUCUUCCAUUAUAAAGAUGGGCCUGGUUUCUGAUGUAUAUGUGACACAUGCACUUGUAGGAAUGUACAAGAAAUCUGAAGGUUGUGUGGAAUUAAAAAGAAACUCUAAAGAAACUUUGGCUCCAGGACAGGAUACCAAAGAUCAUUACGAUCCCAAACCUAGAGAUAUAAGAAGCACACUUGAAGAAAUUGGAUUGUUCAUGUUGGAAGAAGAGAAAGAUCAUGAACCUUUUUCUGAUGCAUGGAAAGUAUACGGUAGUGCUGCUUCUGUGUUUGGACAUGACCUUAGGACCAAUUCUAUCGUCGCCAAUUGGAAGAAUGACAGGUGCAAUGAAAACAGGAUUGUGCUAAAUCAUAAGAAUGCAGAAUAUCAGGAAACUGGAGGUGAACCUGUUAAGUUGUUUGCGUUGUUACAGCAGGACAGCAUAAAAUCUGACAAAUUCGUCCUGCUUGUCUUCACUGAUAGUAGUCGUUUAAAUACGAAGGGUGCAAGACUUUUCAAUGCAGAACUAGUGAGACGAUCUGGCAUCGCACCAUCCCUUGACUUCCCUCCUUGACAAACUAUAGUGCAGUACUGGAUCCAUUGUUUCUGAUGCAGCAAAGCUGAACUGUCAUGUUUACAAAUUGGGAAGGCAUGCGAGAAAACAAACUAUGAGUUUGCCUCAGAGUUGCUUCAGUAAUUAUUCCCUGAUUCAAUCAUUGAACCUAUGAACUUUGCAAGGCGCAUUUCCUGGGAGUCUGGGACUUUCCAACUCGGUAUCUCUUUGCUUACAGCAUCUUUCAGCAAACCAAAUUCUGCUUUGAAGUUUUUAAAAGGUUGGAUGGCUUAGAUGCAUGGAAGAAUAGAUCAAGAAUGCUAACCAGGGGAUGCCUACUCUCUUCAAGUAUUCCAGAGGACACGUAGUCUGGGAAAAAUCAGAUUAAACUUUGAUUUCUGAUGUGCUGACACUGCACUUGUAUGAAACGGGUGCUACAGUAUACAGAAGAAAUUCUGCGAAUCUGUUCUUUUUUUCGCGAUUGUGGCCAUUGAUGGAAAUUUGACAAGUUCAAUGUGAAAUUGGUCUGGCGAAGAUACAUGCUAAAUCAGUUCCAUCCAGUGAAGCAGCAUUGUUUGUUCUCUGUAUGUCUGGAGCAAGAAGCAUCAAGCCAUUUUCCCCUUAUAUCAUCUUUACUCUCAUGCACCCUUUUUUUCUGGUGCGACGUGAAAUAUAAUGAUACUCCAUAUAGAAUAUGAGCUAGAGUUUAUAGAGGUUAGUGACUUCUGUACGAGGUAGCGUACGGCAUAUCCUGGAUUCGUUUCCUGUUCAGCUACAGGACAUUCUUCAAAAAUUAGUUCAAGCAAUAAUACUGGGAUCUCCCAUGUUAUCAGUCAACAAUCCAACUAACCCAGAAAUUCCUUCGGCUGCUACUUUCAUCAUCCGACGUUGUUACAAAAGAAGCAGAUCCAUCAGGACAUGCAUUUGACAGUUUGGCCCUGGUUCAUGCUGAAACCGAUUGGUCCCAUCAACUCGACGCGGUUAUGAAAUUUCAAGAUGUAAAGCUGAACAAGAUUGGGACAUCAAACUUCUACAGCAUCGCACCCAAGAGGUGCUACAAAGUGACUUCUUCUUCUUCUUCUUCUUCUUUUUUGCCACCAUACAUACAGUUCAUCAGGCAUUGGCCUCCAGCAAAUGUAACCUCUUGGUUAUUAUAGAGAUAAGGUUGCCAAUUUUGCCACAUUUAACUAACCUACUUUAGACUACUCUUAAGUCUGAACUUCCCGGCAAUUGCAAUUUUGAUGUGAAGACAAGAGGGGCCCUGCGUUUCAUGUGAGUGUGA